GUAUUUAGGUAUACCCAAAAAUGUCGGAUGAAGAAAUUGUCCCGGCAAAAACUCGAAGACGGAGUAAACGUAAUGCUUCAAUCGAGAGUGAACAUGAUACGGACGAAGGAAUAGAGACGGAAUCUCUGUCCACAAUAAGUUCCAGACGAUCAAGCGUAGCUAGUCUGAACGCUUCGCGAACUGAGAAUAAGAAAAGAAAAGGGAGAGGAAAAUAUAAACGACCAAAACUAUAUGAAUAUGUUAAUCAUAUAAAAGAAGAUCAUGGUGGAACCAUAUUUGGAAUUCAUCUUCACCAAAAUAAUACUAAUGGAGAUAAUUAUCUCUUCGCCACUGUUGGCAAAAACCAGGUUUCCAUCUAUGAGGUAUCGAAAACGGGAAAAGUAAAAUUGUUGCAAUCUUACUGUGACCCAGAUACUAAAGAGCAUUUUUAUACAAGCGCAUGGACUACCGAUUAUCAAGGUAUAUGUUACCUUGCUGUGGCUGGACUUAAUGGAGUAAUAAGAGUAAUUAAUCCUUAUCUUAUGAGAUGUGUCAAGCACUACGUUGGACAUGGUCACGCCAUUAACGAACUAAUGUUUCAUACCCUUGACCCGAAUAUAUUGAUUUCUGCGUCAAAAGACCAAUCCAUAAGAAUGUGGAAUAUAAAGACCGAUUUAUGCGUUGCAAUACUAGCAGGAUCAGAGGGACAUCGAGCCGAAGUUCUAAGUGUUGAUAUUAAUAUGCAAGGAGACUAUCUUACCUCGGCAGGAAUGGAUCACAGUUUGAAAAUUUGGAAUUUAGGAAAGAAGGAAGUUAAAGAUGCUAUUAAGUUAUCCUAUGAAUUCAGGACAGGCCAAAAACCUUUUCCGACACUCAUCGAAGAUUCGGCUGAAUUUACUACUCGUGAUAUCCAUAAAAAUUACGUCGAUUGCGUACGAUGGGUAGGAGAGUGUAUUUUAUCAAAAAGUUGUGAAAAUCAAAUUGUCCUAUGGAAACCUGGGAGAUUUAGUGAUAAAAAAGUUGACUACUCGAAAACAAAAUUCUUUUCUAUAAUUCAUAUAUUCGAAUUGAAAGACUGCGAACUUUGGUAUAUGAGAUUUAGUUUGGACUUUUUAAAGAAGACUCUAGCUUUAGGAAAUACUUCAGGUAAAAUCUAUGUAUGGAAUAUGGACGUUGAACAGCCUGAUAGUAUUAAACAUACUAUACUAUCUCAUCAAAAGUGUUCAUCAGCAAUUAGGCAAACUCAAUUAUCAUCCAAUGGCUCUCUUUUAUUAGCUGCUUGCGAUGAUGGGACGAUAUGGAUUUGGCAAAGAAACAGUAGUUAAAAAACGUUAUAAUUUGAGAUACUAACGUGAAGACUUAAAGAGUUAUUGACAAUUACCUUUUAUAUUUAAAAAGUAUCUAAACUAUGCCAGUCUUACUACUAUAUUGUUCAUUUUCUCUCGUAUUUUUUACACUUUUAACAGUUUUUUUUACAGUAUUAGUAAAUUCUUAUAAGAAUUUUUCUGAAUAGUUAUGACGGAGACUUGAUAUUUGCAUUUUAAAAUAUAUUUAUAAGUAAUUUUCUUGAAAAACAAAACUCAACUUUAAGUAAGGUUUAUUGAAAAACAGAGAGAACUGUUUGUCACCUUAAAUAGAUAUUGUCAGUCAUAAACAAAAGAUAUUCUCUAAUAGAAAAAAAAGAGAAACUUAUAUAAACGUUUUAGAAUGGUUGACUUAUUCAAGUGGAUACAGUAACCAUAACUUUUUAACAAUAAAAAAAAUUCUAAAUAUCAUCAGGUACGGUUGUCAAAGAAAAAUGAUGUUCUGGCCAUUUAUAGGUCAAAGGCAGAGACUGAAAGAGGGAAUCAUUAUUGAAUUUUUAAUAUUCAAACAAAAUGUUAACACUUACAUUAACUUGGUCAGAUUCUUCUA